AGACGCGUCUUCAGCUGCUUCGAUCCCCAUCUCAUCGGCCCUCCUCCCAUCCUUACCCUCGGCCGAUCUGCUCGCCCGCCCCUCUUUCCACCACCACCACCUGUAGACUAGCCAACAUGCCCGCAACGGAGAGCACGAAGGAGGCCCUCCACCCCCCGCGCCUGGCCUCCAUCUUUGCCGGGUCGCCCAGCGCGCCCGGCACGCCUGUGCACUCCAUCCAGACGAUGCGCAGGAAGGCCGCCGGCCACUCGGGCCCACUGACCAAGAUCCUCGUUGCGAACCGCGGCGAGAUCGCCAUCCGCGUGUUCCGCACCGCGCACGAGCUCGCGCUGCACACCGUCGCCAUCUUCUCCUACGAGGACAGGCUUUCUGCGCAUCGCCAGAAGGCGGACGAAGCCUACCAGGUCGGCAAGGGCCUCAAGCCCGUCGCCGCGUACCUCGCGCAGGAAGACAUCAUCCGCAUUGCGAUCGAGCAUGGCGUCGACAUGAUCCACCCGGGAUACGGCUUCUUGUCUGAGAACGCGGAGUUUGCCCGCAAGGUCGAGCAGGCGGGCCUGUCGUUCGUGGGCCCCAGCCCGGAGGUCAUCGACCAGCUUGGUGACAAGACGAAGGCGAGGACGAUCGCCAUCCAGAUUGGCGUGCCCGUUGUUCCCGGUACCCCUGGACCCGUAGACUCCUACAGAGAAGCUGAUGCAUUCAUCCAAGAAUAUGGCUUCCCUGUGAUCAUCAAGGCCGCCAUGGGCGGCGGAGGCCGCGGCAUGCGUGUCGUGCGCGAGCAAUCUGACUUCGAGGCCUCUUUUGAGCGCGCCGUCUCAGAGGCCAAGUCUGCUUUCGGUGACGGCACCGUCUUCAUCGAGCGCUUCCUCGAGCGCCCGCGGCACAUCGAGGUGCAGCUCCUCGCGGAUGCGCACGGGAACACCGUGCACCUGUUCGAGCGCGACUGCUCUGUGCAGCGCCGCCACCAGAAGGUCGUCGAGGUCGCGCCAGCGACGCACCUCCCCGAGGAGGUCCGCCAGGCGAUCCUCGCGGAUGCGAUCAAGCUCGCGAAGAGCGUGGGCUACAGGAACGCGGGCACGGCGGAGUUCUUGGUCGACCAGAUGGGGAGACAUUAUUUCAUUGAGAUUAACCCGCGUAUUCAGGUCGAGCACACUAUCACUGAGGAGAUCACGGGUAUCGACAUCGUCGCUGCCCAAAUUCAGAUCGCGGCGGGCGCGACGCUCCCGCAGCUCGGCCUGACGCAGGAGGCUAUCACGAAGCGCGGCUUCGCCAUUCAGUGCCGUGUCACGACUGAAGACCCGGCGCAGAACUUCCAGCCUGACACCGGGAAGAUUGAAGUGUACCGCAGCGCGGGUGGGAAUGGUGUCCGACUGGACGCGAGCUCCGGCUUCGCUGGUGCGCAGAUCACGCCUCACUAUGACAGUUUGCUGGUGAAGGUCAGUGUCAGCGGCACUACCUAUGAGGUUGCGCGGAGGAAAAUGCUCCGUGCUUUGGUCGAGUUCCGUAUCCGCGGUGUCAAGACCAACAUUCCUUUCCUGCUGCGUCUCCUCACUCACGACGUCUUCAUCGGCGGCAAGACAUGGACGACGUUCAUCGACGACACGCCCGAGCUGUUCAGACUGGUGCAGAGCCAGAACCGUGCGCAGAAGCUGCUCGCCUACCUCGGCGACCUCGCCGUCAACGGCUCCUCCAUCGCUGGCCAGCAGGGCGAGCCCGGGCUCAAGGACGAGCUCGUCGUCCCGCCCUUCCAGAACCGCGAGGACCCGGACGGGCCCCCGCUCGACGCGACACUGCCGUGCGAGCAGGGCUGGCGCAACAUCAUCGUCGAGCACGGGCCCGAGGCGUUCGCGAAGGCCGUCCGCGAGUACCCCGGUGUGCUCAUCAUGGACACGACGUGGCGCGAUGCGCACCAGAGCCUGUUGGCGACGCGCCUGCGCACGAUCGAUAUGGUGAACAUCGCGAAGGAGACGAGCUAUGCGAUGGCGAAUGCGUUCAGUCUGGAGUGCUGGGGUGGCGCGACGUUCGAUGUAGCGAUGCGCUUCUUGUAUGAGGACCCGUGGGAGCGUCUGAGGACGUUGAGGAAGCUUGUGCCGAACAUCCCGCUCCAGGCUCUUGUGCGUGGUGCUAAUGGUGUUGGUUACACUAGCUACCCCGACAAUGCCAUCUACGACUUCUCGAAGAAGGCCGUCGAGAAUGGUUUGGAUAUCUUCCGUGUCUUCGACUCCCUGAACUACAUUGACAACUUGAAGCUCGGUAUUGAUGCCGCCAAGAAGGCUGGUGGUGUCGUCGAGGCAGCCGUCUGCUACAGCGGCGAUGUCGCAGACCCCAAGAAGACGAAGUAUACGCUUCAGUACUACCUCGACUUCGUCGACCAACUCGUCGGCGAGGGCAUCCACAUCCUGGGUAUCAAGGAUAUGGCGGGCCUUCUCAAGCCCCAUGCAGCAAAAUUGCUCAUUGGUGAAAUUCGUAAGAAGUACCCCGACCUGCCCAUCCAUGUGCACUCGCAUGAUACCGCCGGCAUCUCCGCCGCGACGAUGAUUGCAGCAGCAUCGGCAGGCGCCGACGUCGUCGACGUCGCCAUCGACAGCAUGUCCGGAUUGACGUCGCAGCCUCCGAUGGGUGCCGUAUGCGCUGCCCUCGAGCAGACUGGUUUGGGGACUGGUAUCCGCUACGCUGACAUCCAGGCACUGAACCUGUACUGGAGCCAGGUGCGCAUGCUCUACAGCUGUUUCGAGGCGAAUGUUCGUGCCUCGGACUCGAGUGUGUUCGACCACGAGAUGCCGGGAGGCCAGUACACCAAUUUGAUGUUCCAAGCGGCUCAGCUCGGUCUGGGCACCCAGUGGACGGAGGUCAAGAAGAAGUACAUCGAGGCAAACGACCUUUGCGGGAAUGUAAUCAAGGUCACGCCCACGUCGAAGGUUGUUGGCGACUUUGCACAGUGGAUGGUGUCGAACAAGCUUUCGAAGGAAGAGGUCCUCGAGCGCGCAGACCAGCUCGACUUCCCGUCGUCGGUCGUCGAGUUCUUCCAGGGAUACCUCGGACAGCCCGUCGGGGGCUUCCCAGAGCCGUUCCGGACGAAGGUCAUCAGGAACAAGCCCAGGAUCGAUGGCAGGCCCGGUGCGAACCUGCCUCCUAUCGACUUCAAGAAGACGAAGGCGGAGUUGCGCAGCAAGUUUGGCAAGCACAUCACGGAUGCGGACGUCACAUCGUACAUCAUGUACCCCAAGGUCUUCGAGGACUACCAGGGCUUCGUUACGAAAUACGGUGACCUCAGUGUGAUCCCGACCCGCUACUUCCUGGGGCGCCCCGAAAUCGGCGAGGAGAUGCACAUCUCCAUUGAGAAGGGCAAGGUGCUCAUCAUUCGCGUGAUGGCUGUUGGGCCUGUGGUCGAAGGGCGUGCGCAGCGUGACGUCUGGUUUGAGGUCAACGGAGAAGUCCGCGCGGUUGCCGUUGAGGACAAGAACUCUGCAGUCGAGACUGUUUCCCGCGAAAAGGCUACUUCUGACCCGGGUUCUGUUGGCGCGCCGAUGUCAGGUGUUGUUGUUGAGGUCAGGGUUAAGGAGGGCGCGGAGAUCAAGAAGGGUGACCCCGUUUGCGUCAUGAGCGCCAUGAAGAUGGAGUCCGCCAUCACGGCGCCUGUGUCUGGUCAUGUGAAGCGCAUACUCGUUCGCGAAGGGGACUCUAUCGCCCAGGGCGACCUUGUCGUCGAAAUUUCUCACUAAGCACAAGCACGUCGGACGUCCUCACGCAUUGCAUUCUCGCGCUGUGUCUAGUAGUGUACGAAUAUGCCGUAGAAGUAAACACAAUAUGUUGUCACGAAUACAAUCAAGCUGCUUCCCGAGUCA